AUGGCAAGAGGCAAUCGCUCCACAGUGACAGAAUUUGUCCUCAUGGGAUUUACAGACCGGCCGGAGCUUCAGCUCCCGCUCUUUCUGGUAUUCCUGGUCAUUUAUCUCUUCACUCUGGUGGGAAACUGUGGCAUGAUCCUGCUCAUCAGGGUGGAUUCCCGGCUCCACACUCCCAUGUACUAUUUCCUCAGCCAUCUGGCUUUCAUCGAUCUCUGUUACUCCUCUUCCAUUGGGCCCAAGAUGCUGCAAAAUUUACUGGUGAAGAAGAAAACCAUCUCCUUUUCGGGCUGUUUUGCUCAGCUGUACUUCUCCAGCGCUUUCGCCACCACGGAAUGCUUCCUUUUAGCCACAAUGGCCUAUGACCGCUACAUGGCUAUCUGCAACCCCCUGAUCUACACAGCCAUCAUGACUCAGCGGGUCUGCAGGGAGUUGGUGAUAGGGGUCUAUACCUACGGCUUCCUAAACUCGGUGAUCCAGACAGUUCUGACUUUCCAGUUGUCAUUCUGCGACUCCAACGUCAUCCACCACUUCUACUGCGCCGACCCCCCUCUCCUGGCCCUGUCCUGCUCUGACACGCACCACAAGGAGCAGCAGCUGCUGAUCUUCUCCGCCGUGAAUCUCACUGGCUCCCUCCUGACCGUCCUCAUCUCCUACGUCUGCAUCCUCGUUUCCAUUAUCAAAAUUCAGUCUUCAGAGGGUAAGUGCAAAGCGUUCUCCACCUGCGCCUCCCACCUCACCGUGGUCGUCAUCUUCUACGGAACGCUGUUUUUUAUGUACCUUCGGCAACCCAAAUCAGGAAACUCUUGGAAGUACAAUAAAGUGGUCUCUGUGUUUUACAGCCUUGUGAUUCCUAUGCUUAACCCUUUGAUCUACAGCCUGAGGAACACGGAGGUAAAGAACUCCCUGAAAAAAAUGCUGGACGGUGAAGAGUCGUAA